CAGGAUGCACUGCAGCGCGGCCUCCGUGUGUGUGUUGUGUGUGUGCGGUUCCGCAGCGGUGCUUUUCGACAACACUGACUCGCAGAAUCCCGAAAAUUCAGCUUUUAUACCGCAUUAAUUCGCUUUAUAACCCGCUGCUGUGUGUUCCUCAGCCUCCCCUCUACCUCCGAUGUCCCCGGCGGCAGCAGGCAGGACUUAACCCGCACCCUCCGAGCCGAUGGCGGCCAGCGGCCCAGAUGAGUUUAAUGAAUACGACAAGCCGGGAGCUGAGAGGUCGAGGAGGCGGAGAGGAGAAGACGAUGACCUGGACAGUGAUUUAGAAGAGGACUUGCUGGAGGAAGACUGGCUUUCAUCUAAAAAGAAUCCAUCAGAACUGUCAGAUGAAGAACUGAAUGAUGAUCUGCUGCAGAGUGAUGAGGAAGAUCAGAACGGGGGUGGACAGGGUGAAGCGGUGAGUCUGAACGCGACUCUUGGCUUCAGCACCUCCUACGACUUGCAAGAGGAGAACCAGGAAGGAGGAGGAUAUGGAGAAGAAGGGUACAAUGAGACGGGGGAAGGAGGUUUCUCUCAGGAAGGAGGAGAAUAUGGACAGGAAGAAGGGAUGGAGUACUCCACAGGGCAGAAUGAUGAAGCUUAUGAGGAUGAAGUGCUGGAACUUCAGAUUGAUGAGCCACUAGAUGAUGAGUUUCAAGUUGGGGAUUAUUCUGGUGGGUAUAGUGCAGAGCAACCACAAGAGCAUACUGACCAACCAGAAGAGCCAGAGGCGGAAGAGGAGGAGCCACAGGCAGAAGGGGAGGAUCAAGAUGUAUCCUCCCAGGUUACAGAGUCAGAGGAGUUGGAGCCUGAACCAGAGCCUGAACCUGAACUGGAACAGGAAGCUGAAGAAGUUAAAGAAGAAUCAGACGAGGAUGAUGAUGAGGAAGAGUCGGGCCGACUACGCUUCAAAAAGGAGCGCACAGACGUCACUGUGGUCCGACUGUCUGAUGCUGCCAGUAAACGAAGAAACAUUCCAGAAACGUUAGAACUAACCGAAGAGGCCAAAGCAGAUCUGUUGGAGUUUGAGGAGAAGGAACGUCAGAGGAAACAGGGUCGUUUCGGAGGGCGAGGAAGAGGGGGAGGAGGAGGAAGAGGAGGGAUGCAGGGAAACAGAGGUAGAGGAGGAGGAGGAGGAAGAGGAGGACUUCCUAUGUUUGGGAUGGGAGAUUUCCGUGGAGACGGAGGUGCUGGACGAGGCAGAAUGAAUGAACAGAGGCCUCCGCUGAUGCAGGUCAACUUAGGCAUGCAGCCCAGAAUGGCUCUUCCUCAGUCUCAUCAUCAUCACCACCACCAUCAUCAUCAACCUCGGCAUCCAGGCCCUCGUGGAUCUCAAGGUCUUUUCGCAAACCCCAUCAACCCAAUACCCCAGCAACCCCUGCAGAUGCUGCUGCCCCACCGCUCCCCAGGACCGCCGCCCCGCCCACAGCCGGACCUGCACCGCCCGCCCCCGCCGGCUAACCACACCCACUCCAACCAGCAGCAGCAGCAACAACAGCCCAAAAACAUCCACAUCAAUCCACACUUCAGAGGACCGGCAUCCUCACCAGGGCAAGUUCCAUUGAUGCCUCCUACCCAGAACCAGCCCAGGCCGAACAUCAGCCCUCAGAGAUUUCCGGGUCCUGCAGAUUUCCAGCAGCAUCUCCAAGGCAGUUUUGUGCAGCACCAGAGACCCCCUCCUCAGGACCAGUGGAGAGGACCCCCGACCCCCCACCAGGAGAGAGAGUCCUUCUUUAACAGUGAGCCGCGUUUUCCUGGUCAGCAUCUCUUUGAUCUGCCAGGCCCCGCCCCCCUCAUGAAUAAUAACCUGCUUUCCCUCACCGGUCAGAACCCCCUGUCCUUCCCCCAGCCCGGGGGACUGGGCGGGGCUCCAGGCCCCGGGCCUAACUUCGGGCCCCUGGGCAUUGGGCAGGGCCAGGGGCCUCCGGGGGGAGGAGGCAUGUUCCAGAGAGAGCCGCCACGCCCCAAUCUGCAGCACAGUGGCCCCCCGGUGUCCCCCGGGCCCCGCGGGUUCAUGGGCCACCGGCAGCCUUUUCCCCCCCAGCAGCCGGGGCCUCCGUUCAGCCCCCAGCACAUGAACUUCGGGAUGCAGGUACGCCAGAGAGGUAUAAUGCAGCCCCACUCUCAGCCCCCGCACCACGAUUCCCCCCCCUCCCAUCACUCUCUCCACCACCAGCAGCAGCAGCACAGACAGGACCUCCAGCAACACGGCCACCCCCAGCAGCACCCCACACCCCCCCAUAACCAGCACCACCAGCGCCAGCCUGCAGAGCAGCACCCCAUCCUGCAGCUCUCCCACCCCCCCUUCCGCCAGCCGCUGCAGGGCGGCCCCCGGCAGCUGCAGCAGCGCAGCCAGAACGGCCAGCAGCGCGGGAACCCCGGCCGCAUGAGGAUGAUGUCUCCCUCCUCCAUGCAGCAGCUUCAGGGCCCUCAGCGCAACAGCAACCUUCGCGAGCUGCCCAUCGCCCCCAGCAACACCACCGUCCGCCAGGCUCCGCCCACAAACCAGCCCAAACCAGGUACCAGAGCGACCCAGGAGCCUAGACCUGGACAGGUACCGCCCGGAGGAGCCGCCGGCCGAGGACGCGGUGCCCCUAAAGCAGCCCAACGUCCGGCCCAGCCCCCUGCCCUCACAGAGACGCAGAAAGAACCAGCACCUGCUCGGCCCAGUGCACCUGCACAGGUUCCAGACGAGGACGAGGAGACCCGUCAGUAUCGGCUGAAGAUCGAGGAGCAAAAGCGUCUGAGGGAGGAGAUCCUGAAGAGGAAGGAGAUGCGGCGGCAGAUGCAGGCGGGGCUCCGCAAGAAGGAGCUGAUGGAGCGAAUCGGCUCCCAGAACCCCAACCAGACCCAAACCCAGACUCAACCCCAACCCCAUCCCCAAACUCCAACCCAGAACACCCCAACACCACCCAGCUCUCAGCCCCAGCCUGCCCCCCAGCCCCCCCAGCAGAUUCCCUCUGCCCUCGCCCCAAACGGAGAUCCUCAGACCCCCGCUCAGCCCCGCGGAAACGUUAAAGCUCGCAUACAGACCUCCAGACCCGACCCACUCAGUACCAGAACCGAGCCCGUCCCUCAACUCCAGCAGAUCCAGCAGCUCCAGCAGCAGAGGAGACCCCCGGCCCAGCAGAACCCCCCCAGACAGUUUCCGAUCCCCACCGGAAACCCUCAGCCGCAGGCUCCGAGGCCCGGAGGAAAGAGGACUGUGAUGCAGAGGGCAAACGUCGGCGGGUCCCCACAGAUCCCACAGAAAGUACGAGUGGUCAAACGCCUGACUGGGGGAGAUGUAGGUCCUAACCCUUCUGCUCCACUACCAACACCACUGUCACCAUUAUCAUCAUCCCACCCACAGCAGCACCAGCAGCUUCAGCCUCCAUCCCAACAACAGCAGCAGCAGCAACAUCCUCAACAACCUCAACAGCAGCAGCAGCAAAUGGGUCGACCCCUCCCUCAGCAGAGGAUCAGCACAGUGAGGAAGGUCACUGUGGCACCAGGAGGAGCACAGCAACCACCACCACCACCACAGGAAGCUGCUGCUGCAGGAGGAGGAGCAGCGAAUCAAACUAACCGGGUUGUAGUUCCAGGUAGGGGUCGAGGUCGAGGAGCUCCAGGGGGACGAGGAGGUGGAGGGCGGAUGGUGCAGCAGGCCAGGCCGAGCCCCCGGGCUCCGGACACUCCUCAGCUCAGCACCGUCUCUAUUGAUGGUUUAUCUUCAACCACCACUGAGAAACAGAUAAAGAACCUCCUCAACUCCAUCGGCCCCUUUCAGAUGUUUAAGAUGCUUCCACAGCAGAGAAAAGCCGUUGCCAAGUUUGUGAACCCCCAGCAUGCUCUGAGCUUUCAGCACAGCUUCCACAGGCACAUGAUAGAUUUGUCGCAUAUCGAUGUGACCAUUAUCGAGGGCUGAAGAAACUCCCGAGAGCUGAUUGGAGGGAAAGACUGCAGGAGGAGGGACUGCGGUGGGCGGCGGCUGCGGGAUGGAAAGCCUGAGCUUCACUCUUUAAAGCUCUGAAUACUGAAAACAAGCCUGGACCACAGGAACCGCAGCUACAGGACGAUCCGGAUCAAGACCUGAGGGACUGUUUUACAUCAGGUCUGGGAUGAGAAAAAGGAAAGACUGAACAGAACACAAACUCUGGUUGUUGAUCUUCUUGUAAAUAUAUGAAAAGUGAUUCUUUAACUCUUUAACUAAAGCCGUGAACUCCUAAACUGAACCACACACACGCAGACAGACAGACAGACGGGCGGGGCGAACUUUGUGUUUGUCGUUUAAAUGCUUUAUAGUGAGGCAUCCUGACUUUUUGAUAUAAAGCAGUAAAGAAAGAAUGGAGGAAGGAGGAGGAUUUGGGUUUUUUUGUUUGUUUGUUUUGUUUUAUAAAGAAGUGCGAAUUAAUUAACACGUAGAUAAUAAUAAUGAUUAUGCUGGAUAAUGGUUGCUCCCAUCCGUAAGCGAGAACUGUUCCUGCACGGUUUGUUCUUUAUUACUUUAUUUCUUUAUAUCUUUCUUUUAUUUUAAACACUCCGGGAGGCAUCAAUUUUGUAGUGCAGGUUGUCUUUUCUCUUUUCUGCCAGCAGAGGGAAGCAUACGCUCUUUAAAAAAAUAAAGGAAAAGAAAAAUCUUAAAUAUAAAGGCGAUUCAGAGGCUUCCUUUGAGCUUUGCUGUGGAAGAAAGAACUAAAAUAUUGUUGUGGAGAGAAGGAGAGAAAGUGAGCGAAAGGAAAAACAUAUAUAUUGAACGUAUUCGACUUUAAAAACCUUAAAAAGUUUCUCUACACAUUCACACACUCAUACACACACUGAAUAUAUUUUACAGAAAUGCUUAAAAUCUUUAAAAUGCUUCUUUGUGGAGCCAAAAUGGUCCUUCUGUAGCAUAUCUCUCUCUAUCUCUCAGACAAGCCUUUAUAGCGAGUUGUUAAGAGUUUUAUAGUGUUAUGAAGCUCUAUAAUGCGGCAGGACUUCAGGAGUUUAUGAUUCGUGAUGUUUGGUUGGAUUUUUGUAUUAAGUGUUUGUUUGGUCGAGAUUUUGUCGUUUUGUCUGGUUGAUUUGUCUUGGUUUAUUUUUCAGCAACUUGGUCUUCAGCUGCAUCCAGUACGUAGUUAACUUUUAUUAUAAAGGGUUUUAAUUUGGAUAAAAUAGCAUUUGUUUUAUAGAAAUCAUAUCGUAGAUCGUAGAACACUUUUCGUUCCGAGUUUCCAGAGGUUUCAGGAUGUUUCCAGAUGUUUCAGGAUGUUCAGAGUCGUGUUAACGUGGUACAGAAUGUGUAAAAUAUUACUAAUGUAUGGGAUAUAUUAUUGGUUUUUGCUGGUGUCCAGUGGUGACCACUGCAGGGGCCAGACAGUGGAAGAAGUCUGAGCUUGAUUUUUUUCGUCACCAUACUGUGAAAUCUACUCGUUUUGAAGUCACUUAUCACUGUGGUCAGAAGGGUGCGGCUACGUGCUUAGCUUAGCUUAGCUUAGCUUAGCUUAGCUUAGCUUAGCUUAGCUUAGCUUGGCUGGCUGUGUGUUUGGUCUGAAGCUCGUAGUUUCAGGAGUUCAGUGCUCUUCUCGGGUCCGUCACACAUUCCGCACGUCCGUGUUUGGUCACUUUUAUCGUCUUCGGCCGUAAAACUGCUGCAUUCAUGAAGCUCCUGUUGUAUUUUUUUAUGAAUUUGCUUGGAGGAUGAUUUUUUGAGGGAAAAAAGCUGAAAAGCUGGAAAAGUUGGCAGCUUCUUCGUGGUUCUACCUAUUUUUUGUUUUAGAAAAACUGACUGAAUGAUUGAUUUGGACUGUACGUGAGUUAGAGCUGUAACGAUUAGUCGAUAUUAUCAAAAAUGUCGAUAUAAAGGUUAAAAAAAAGUGAAUUGUCUACUAAUCACCAGCAUGUCAAAUCUGAUAUAUCCUGUUAUUUCUAUUAAUAUCUUUGCACUGAUUCAACACACACAGAAUUCAUCUUCUUCCCCUCGCCAUUUAUUUAUCUAUAAUUAUUAUUUAACUGGUUAAAUAGUCUCUUCAGCAUCUGCCGCCUCUCAUCUGAUCAUCUGUGAUUGGUGGAUCUGUGCUUCCACCUGUUUUAAAUAAAUCUCACUAUAUAAUAGACUUUAUACAUUUAUAAAAGCAAACUUCCUAUUAAACUAAAGGUAACGUAAAGAAAAUAAUCUGGCACUGGAGCACAAUAGAAAUUUCAACCUUUAUAUUAUUAAAAUUAAAAGAACAGACUAUAGAUUUAGAAAAUGCUUUAACUGCGUUUUUGUGUUGUAUUGUUGCAAAGAUAUUAAUAGAAAUAUCAAAAUACUAUAGAUUACAAUAGAUUACAUACUUCCUCAUUAAAUAUCAGCACUUAAUACAUUUAAAAGGCAAUGUUCUGGACGUUUAAAGGACAUUAAAACUCAAUGUUUAGCUGUUUCUAGCAAUUUCUAUCAAGAAAUAAGGCAGAAAUAAUCAUCGAAUAUUCGACUAAUCGACUAAUAUGAAAAUUAAUCGACAGAUAUUCGAAUAAUCAUUAGUUGCAGCUCUAAUAUCAGUCUGUUAAUGUUGUGCUGCUCUCAAAGCUCUGAAAGCAGGAUUUCUCUUUAAGCUCAUUGAGAAGUGGUUGAGUUUUGUCCAAUUGGAACGUUCCUCUCUGUUCCUGCUCUGUUCCUAUUGGACAGCCUUGACUUUUCUUUUGGGAGGCUGAAUUAAAAAAGCUCUUUAGAUUUAUUUAUUUUUUUAAUGGUCCGGUUAGGGAAUAUAGGAGUAUAGAAAUAUAGAUUUGAGUAUAGUUGUUUUCAAACUUCAUCAAGUGCAUCCUACUUCUUCUUCUUCUUCUUCUUUUUCUUCUUCUUUUUCUUUAUUCGUUCUACCUUACAUAAAAAAAACAGACCCAUCCAGCAGCGCACAACCUUUAAAACAGUAUGAAUUAUUAUAAUUCUCACCAUCUUCUCGCUUUUCCUUCUACUGUUUCUUCAGCAUGUCCUUCUCUCUCUCUUUCUCUUUUAUCUCUCUCUAUCUCUGUUUUUCUCUGUCUUUCUGCUCUCCCAACCACUCUUCCUCCUUCUUCUGUUUUUUUUUUUGUUUGUUUUUUACUUUACAAAAACCUCCAGAAUGUCUUACAUUACCAUCAUUUCUCCAUCGUUUCUCCAUCUUUUCUCAAUCGUUUCUCAAUCUUUUCUCACUCUUCUUGUCCUCCUCGUCCAGACUUAGCCAAUUAGAAGAGUUGGGAGCAACCAUUAUCCUCACUCAUGCAGUCAAUAAAUAACGAGACGUGCAUAGCUCAGUCCUGCCCUGCAGUUUCCUCACCAGUACCAGAGAUGUGUUUCUUUCUUUUUCUUUCUUUUUUUUUUAUUAUUCCUCUUAUUUUAUCCCGAAGUUUGUUUUGUGUACGUUUCGGACGCGUAACGACCGACUGUUUUACACGUUCUGUUAACCAAGAGCCCAAGCCGAGGAGAUGUCUUCGGCUGGCCUAUCCUCUGAAGACGUUUUAAAGCUUGAUAAAUAAAAGAUGGUCAUGUGUAUACCAUGCAAGGACGGGGUACAUGAAGCCAGUCUUAAAUUUUCACACUGUUUUUUAACGUGUCUGAUUUUUGUGUAUUAUGUGGAAAAAGGUGCCUUUCCUUUCCUCCCCUCCCACAACCCACAAUCCCAAUCCCAACCCAAUCCCAUUCACAUUAACAUUAACAUUUCCACACUGUGGAAAUCUCAUUUUCUCACACUGUGUUUGAAUGUAAAUACGAAACUACAGGUUUUAUGAAUCACUUUGAAUCAAAAUUGAAUCGUUGAAGUUUUAAGAUUUUAAAGGUUUAAAAAAAGUAUUUUAAUCUACUGAAUUUAAAGAAAAAUGGUGCUAUCUAUAUUAACUAUAGUACAUAUACAGAGCUGUUUAAGCUAUUUUAGCUAUUUUAGCUGUUUUGACAUCUUUAAAGGGUUAAUUAAUCAUAUAUCUAGCCUAGAGUCAUUUAGUCAUAUUUAAUGGUUUAAUUUUUAAUGGUUUAAUUGGAUGGACGGUUAUAUAUAUGAUUUUAUAUACAUAUAUUAUAACAGAUCUACAGGUGUGCUCCAUCCUGAUUUUUAACAUAGAAGUAAAAAAAAAAACAGAGUUAUUUAUUAAGAUUCAGUAUUUAUUUUGUAUUUUUAAGUACUGCAUGCCUCUUUCACUGUGUUCACUGUUUCACUGUUCUGUUUUGUGUUCUUUUUUUAUUUUUAUUUAUUAUUUAUUAUUUAUCAAGUUUCUACCUGGUUUAAAACAACAUGGGUUUAUCCCAACUCCUUAUUGCACUUUUACAUCUCCCAAAAAAUGGGGAGGUUUGAUUUAAAGCGUAAAUCUCAUGGAUUUGUAUGAAAGAGUAUCAGCAGUGCUGACCCUUAUAUAUUAUAAUGUAUAUUGAUAAGACUUGUAAUGUCUUUGGAUCAGAAUCAGGUUUGUAUCAAACCUGUGAGUAGCUUUAUUUGAAGCGUGAAGUAUUUUUGGAUGUAGUAUUUGCUGUUUUAUCAUGUGUAUGCUGUGUGAUUUGUACAGUUUUGAGCAGUUUAGAUCUGUUAGCUUAUUUUAAAUGUUUUAUAGGGUUUGUAAUCGGCAGCAGAGCCGCUGUUAUGUUUCUGUCGCACACUGGAGCCGUUUAAAACAGCAUUUACAGCUUUUUAUUUCAUAAACUGUACAAAGGCGCGACUGCGGCUCGUGCUUUUAAGCUGCAGCGAGACGAACUUUUGUGUUUUUACUGUUUUUAUAACUGAACUCUUUUCUCUUUUACAGGGUGAAGCUUCCAGACAAACCUGAAGGAGGGUUUUUCAUAAGAGUUUAACAAAUUAUUGGUAGUAUUAAUUUUUAUUUAUUCUAUAUUUUGACACUUUUUGCUAACAAAAAUUCUUACAGUGCUAUAUUGUGAGUUAAAUUUAAAGUUAUAUUGUGAGUUAAAGACGUUAAAGUGCCCAUAUCUUGCAUGCCACCAACAUUUUAUAUUUUAUGUAUGUAUAGAUUUUCCCAAAAAUUGACAGUGCGCCCUAUGUACGAGUUUUCUGUGAAGUUUCUCCAGCACUAAGGCUUGGUGCAGCAGCAGUAUUAGCAUUAGGCGCUAACCGCAGCUCUAGCUUUUUCGCCAUUCAAAGACGAGUAUAUUGAUUGGACUGUAAUCUGCAUGUUAGCCAUGUUAAAACAAGCUAUGUAUGAUGAACUGCUAGCUGAUGGGCGGCAUGCAGUUAGCAGUCGCUCUGCUAAUGCUAAAGCUGCUGCUCCAGCCUUAGUGCUGGAGAAACUUCACUAAAAACUCACCCUUAGACAAAAUACUGAAAAUCCCAUACUGCUUCAUGAAUUAAGGCACAAUCUGACCAAUCAGAGCUUAUAUUUAGAGUUUAUAUACAUUUAUAUAUUAGUAAUAUUUUAUAUUUAAGCUACAGUAACAGAAGAAACAAACAGUAUUAUAUUUGUAGUGUGUAGGAGUAAGAGAGGCUGAGACAGGAAAAGAAAAUUGUGUUUUUAAACAUGUGCUGAUUCAGAUUCAAGAUAUUAAGUUUUCCCUCAUGAUUUAGACAUUGAAAAAUAGCUUGAAAAUAAAUGACAAAUUAAAUAUUUAGUUUGUGUUGCCAUGUCUACAGAUUUUACGUAUAUAUGUAGUAUUAUUUUAUAAAAUAAUAGAGUGAAAGAGACGUCUAGCUUAUGAAUUCUCAGAAUUGGUUUUAUUGUGAUAUGGGCUCUUUAAGGAAUGUACAGACUCACUGAAUUACUGCAGAUAAUACUGAUUUUUUUAUCACCUUUAUGAAAAACCCUCCUCCAGAACUAUUUAAGCACAGUUUAACCCCAGUCUGUUCACAGCGCAGCCGCAGCAGCAUCAGCGCAGCCGUCUGCAGCAUCCUCUAACAUCGUCUGCGUUUCUCUACAGGUUCUCCAGCAGAUUAAAGGGUGGAAUGGUGAAAUUCAGCAUCUCUUCCCACAUUCUCUCUUCACUCUCUAUCUGUCUUUCUCUCUCUACCUGUCUCUCUCUCUGUCUCCCAGCUGUUGGAUAAUCUGCUGCUGCCGUUUUUAUUUGGGUUGAAUUGAAAACUGAACCUCUUUUAUAUUAAGCAGGACGGACCGUCGCUUCCGGAUUUCCUUUGUUUGUUUUCCCAAAUCUGCGGACGUUUCCAUCACUGAGAGCGAACCUGAACCGGGGGUCAAAGUUCAGACAGUCUCUAAAAUCACCCUGAGCGAUGUGUACACAAUUAUCUGUUGCGUACACACACACACAUAUACACAACUCACACACACACACAACUCCUGCUGUUGUUGUUUUGGACUAAACCUGAAAUGCUGCAGAGUCGUUGUUGUUCAGAUUGAGUGUGUUUCGAGUGUAAACUGCACUUUACUGGUGUUUUAACUCAACUGAGAUGUUCCAAACCUGCUGUUUUAAACAUUUAAAAAACAAAAUUCAAUCACUGAAUCUGUUUUUAGUUUUGAUUUCAUGUCAGAUCAUGAACAAUGUCUGUUAAACGUUUGUUAAACAGAACAAAAACUAAUAAAAUCUGUUUAAAUAUG